CAUUCAAAACCGUCUCCCUGCUAAAAGAAAGCGACGAACAAGAGCAAAACCCUAAGGUUUAAUUUAUUGGAGGAGUCAUGGAUAAGAACAUGCUACAAGGUCUUGACGGUCUACCUGAAGAAGACCAGAGGCGUAUGGCAGCUGUGAUCGAGCAGCUCCAAGUGCGAGACAGUAUGAGGAUGUAUAAUUCAGUUGUGGAGAGAUGCUUCAACGACUGUGUUGACAAUUUUACACGCAAAUCACUACAGAAGCAGGAGGAGACCUGUGUCAUGAGAUGUGCUGAGAAGUUCUUGAAGCAUUCAAUGCGAGUUGGUUUGAGAUUUGCUGAGCUUAACAAUCUCGCCGCCACACCAGACCAAAGCAACUAAACUACCAUGGGUUGCACAAAAUACCAUUCCAUUAUUGUAGAAUCUAAUUUGGAUAAAUAGAGGAUGUUCUUUCGUUGUCAAUUUUCAGCUAUUUUUCCCAAAAUGGGGUUUAUCUCUUAGAUAUAUUGUUAUUGGUUGAUUUCAAGCAUAAGCUCUCUUGAAUGAGACAUUGGAUAUUGAUUGAGAGUCAAUUUUAUAAAAUUUGCCAUGUACUUUGCAUCA